AUGACUCAGGACAACAGCGAAGGAGCCAGCUACGCCGAGCAGCUCUUGGAAUGUGCUAGAAGAAACAACGUGGAGCUUUUCAACACCAUCAAGGAAGAGGUGGAUUCUGAAAAGUUGGCGCAUUUGGUCAACUCCACCAAAGAGAUGAUCACCAACAACUCGCCUUUGCAUCUUGCGACGCUGCUUGGCAACUGGGAGUUUAUAGAUGCGGUUUUGGACGUGGAAGGCGUGGAAAUUGAUCCAUUGAACCGGGAUGGAGACACGCCGUUGCACCUUGCGGUGAAGUUUGCUGGAGACGAGCCCGAGUACGGGUACUUUAUUAUUGACAACUUAGUUGAUGCUGGCUCAGACGCCAAGAUAGUGGACCGCCACGGGUUGAAGCCGGUGAAUUAUGUGCGGGAGAAUGACAAGUUGAGGAGUCUUUUGGAGAGUGCUGAGUAUGGGUCAUUGACGGAGGAGAUUGUGGAGGAGGAUGAUGACGAGGGUGAGGCUACGCCUUCGGAUAGUGAUUAA